UAUUUGAUACCUGUCAUAAUUAUAAUUGGCAUACUGGGUAAUAUCAUCUCUUUAGUUGUCUUUAUUGGAUCUAAGUUUCGUAAAAUAUCGACUGCUGUAUAUUUGGCAGCCAUGGCUGUGUCUGAUAUAGGAUUCCUGAUUACUGCUGGAUUAACAUGGUUAGAAAGUAUGGGACUGAAUAUAUUUCAACUUCCAGGCAUGUGUCAUAUUUUUAUCUAUCUUGGGUAUGUUUUUGGAUUUACAUCAGUUUGGUUUAUCACAUUGUUAACAGUGGAAAUUUUUAUAGCUAUUUUCUAUUCUCAAAAAGCAGUCAAUAUAUGCACUGUUAAAUCUGCUAGAAAGAUCGUUUGUAUUACAGCAUUUUGUGGAUUUUCGAUUUACUUUUUUUCAUUUUGGACAUCCGAUACAACAAUGAUAGGUAAUCACGUGUUUUGUAUUACUCGAAUUAAUGCCAGAGAUGCAUUAAUUGGCAUUUCACUUACAGACACGCUUUUGGCAUUUUUAUUGCCAUUUUCAAUGAUAGACCAACCGAUUAACUCUGAAAGUUCAAUUCGUGCACCAGGAGGAGGACUAGGAAAGGCACGAAAAAAGAUGAUGAAAAUGCUGUUAACUACGAUUAUGGUUUUUCUGUUGCUAAACCUACCAAGUCACGCUUUAAGACUUCAAGCCUAUGUU